CCGCAUCCCAAGCGUAUCCCCCCAGUCAGUUAUGACGACGCGUAUUCCGCCGACGGGGGGCAGCCUCCAUUCUUGAUUACUCAGCGGAUUACGUUUUUGGUUUUGCCUCCCUCUUUUUUCUUUGUCUCCCUCUCGUUGUCUCCAUUUUACAAGAGCAAAAAGAAAAAGGAGACGGGUUUUAAAAUAAAGUGGUGGUUGGGUCAAAUUUUCCAAAUUCAAAGCGAAGACAAAGAAAGCGAAGUGGAUCGAGACCCUCAUCUUCUUCUUCUUCUUCUUUUGGCGGCCAGGCCUUAUUAUUAUUAUUAUUAUUAAUCAGUUUCUCGUGGCGUGGCUCCGUUAGAGGAGGAGGAUUUCGUUCGUGGAGCUUUGGUGCUUUGAUUUGACCUGAGGAGUUGGAAUUGCUGUCCCAGUGAACAGAGUUUUUUGCUCUCUCCUAUCUUUGAAGGCAAGGAUGCCAGAUAUACAGUUGGGUGCUCAUACUUUUAGAUCUCAUGGAACCAAAGUACUAAGGUUCCACAUGCAUGACUGGCUUAUACUGGUGCUUCUUGCGGUGAUAGACAUAAUAUUGAAUGUCAUAGAUCCUUUCCACCGUUUCGUUGGUAAAGACAUGAUGACAGAUCUGAAAUAUCCGUUUAAAGGAAACACAAUACCAUUUUGGGCUGUGCCAAUAAUUGGAAUUUUACUGCCUUUUGCCAUCUUUAUUGGCCUUUACUUCAAAAGGAAGAAUGUGUAUGAUUUGCAUCAAGCUAUAUUAGGCCUUUUAUUUUCUGUGCUUAUCACAGCAGUCUUAACCGAUGCGAUUAAAGAUGGUGUUGGUCGACCACGACCAGAUUUCUUCUGGCGCUGUUUUCCUGAUGGAAUAGGAGUUUUUGAUAAUGUUACCUCAAAUGUUAUAUGCCAUGGGAAAAAGAGUGAUAUUAAGGAAGGGCAUAAAAGCUUUCCUAGUGGACAUUCUUCAUGGUCUUUUGCAGGUCUUGGAUUUCUGUCUUGGUACCUGGCAGGCAAAAUCAAAGCAUUUGACCGUAGAGGUCAUGUCGCAAAACUUUGUAUUGUAAUUCUUCCUCUACUUUGUGCAUCCCUUGUGGCAGUUUCUCGAGUUGAUGACUAUUGGCAUCACUGGCAGGAUGUAUUUACUGGAGGCCUCUUAGGAUUUAUAGUUGCUUCCUUUUGCUACUUGCAAUUCUUUCCAGCACCUUAUCAUGUUGAUGGUACGUACCUUGUUUCUUUAUAUCCUAUUUAGUGAAUAUACAUAUCUAGAUGGAAAUCCACGUGUGCUUCUCUAUUUGAUAAUUGUAUGCUCCUGUUCGUCUCUCUCUGAACUGUUGUUAUACAGAGACGUCUGGAAGAGUUUCUUAACUGAAAAGAGGGAGGACUUUUUUACAUAGAACCGAUUAUCAUAUACCUUUCUUAAAUUGGAGGAAAAAAGCACUUCUGGGCAUGUCACCAAAGGAGUGCUUACAGGGCCCGUGACUAAUGAUCGAGUCAUCAUAAGUUCAACCAAUGUCGUAGAAAGGGCUUAAGCGCUUAUGGGGGUCAGACAUGGCGUCUAGGCAUAAAAAGCAAAAACAAAAAAGCCCCCUGAAACAAAAAAAAACCC